UAGGUGGCGGCAACAGCACUUCCUCAAAGCAUCUCCCACUUUACCAUUCGUCAAGUUAUUUUGCCGAAAAAUGGGAAUUUUAUUUAGCGAAGAUCCUAUCCUUUAAAUAUUCUUGAUUAGCUUCGUGAAUAUUUAUAUUCUGUCAUUUUUAGGUCAAACGCUUGUGUUUUAUUUUUGAAAAGUUUAACCGGAACCUAUUGUUGUAUCAAUAGCGCUGUUGCUGUGUUGGUUUCGUUGGGUCGAGGCAGAGCUGUCAUACUAAGCUAGCUAACGUACUAGCCAUUGUUUUGUCAUGUCAAGAACAGUCGGUCCCCUCACAACACAGGGCUGGUAACGAGUUCAUAUCUUCACAUAUCCGCCUGUGGGUCAGAGGAUAGAAGUCUGGGUGGAGAGCACAAGAGUGAGAUGAAAUGACAACGUCAACAUUACAGAAAGCGAUUGAUCUUGUGACCAAAGCCACAGAGGAAGACAAGGCAAAGAAUUAUGAGGAGGCCUUGCGACUUUACCAGCAUGCUGUGGAAUAUUUCCUACAUGCUAUCAAAUAUGAGGCCCACAGCGACAAGGCAAAGGAGAGUAUACGAGCAAAGUGUAUGCAGUACCUGGACCGAGCGGAAAAACUUAAAGACUAUCUGAAAAAUAAAGACAAACAGGGCAAGAAGCCUGUCAAGGAAGCCCAGAGCAAUGACAAGAGUGAUAGUGACAGCGAGGGUGAAAAUCCAGAGAAGAAGAAACUGCAGGAGCAACUUAUGGGUGCCAUUGUAAUGGAGAAACCCAAUGUCAGGUGGAACGAUGUGGCUGGACUGGAGGGAGCUAAGGAGGCUCUGAAGGAAGCUGUCAUCCUGCCCAUCAAAUUCCCUCACCUCUUUACAGGCAAGCGGACUCCGUGGAGAGGCAUCCUGCUGUUUGGACCCCCAGGGACCGGGAAGUCCUACCUGGCUAAGGCCGUGGCCACCGAGGCCAAUAACUCCACCUUCUUCUCGGUCUCCUCCUCAGACCUCAUGUCCAAGUGGCUGGGAGAGAGCGAGAAGCUGGUGAAGAACUUAUUUGACCUGUCUCGCCAGCACAAACCCUCAAUCAUCUUCAUCGAUGAGGUGGACUCGCUGUGCGGCUCCAGGAACGAGAACGAGAGUGAGGCUGCCCGACGCAUCAAGACUGAGUUCUUGGUCCAGAUGCAGGGUGUGGGAAACAACAACGAUGGCAUUCUGGUGCUGGGGGCCACCAACAUCCCUUGGGUGCUCGACGCCGCCAUCCGCAGAAGAUUUGAGAAGCGUAUCUACAUCCCUCUGCCGGAGGAGCCAGCCCGGGCUCAGAUGUUUCGUCUUCAUCUGGGCAACACGCCACGUAGCCUGAGCGAGGCUGACCUGCGGCAGCUCGCCCACAAAACGGACGGCUACUCCGGCGCCGACAUCAGUAUCAUCGUCCGGGACGCUCUCAUGCAGCCUGUUAGGAAGGUCCAGUCUGCCACCCACUUCAAAAAGGUUCGUGGUCCAUCCCGAAGCAACAACCAGUUGAUGGUGGACGACCUCUUGACUCCGUGUUCCCCUGGUGACCCUGGAGCCAUAGAGAUGACGUGGAUGGAUGUGCCAACUGAUAAGCUACUGGAGCCCAUAGUCUGCAUGUCGGACAUGCUGCGCUCUCUGUCCACCACGCGUCCCACAGUCAACACUGAAGAUCUCCUGAAAGUCAAGAAGUUUACAGAUGACUUUGGGAUGGAGGGCUGAGAGACGGAGCCCCCCGGUCCACGAGAAGGAUCAGACUACUGCUCCCAGCAACACUCAUAACCUCCCCCACCACCACAACUACUGCUGUACCAUCCUGUAGGCUUUCUUCUCUCAGCUCACGUCUUGCUUCUACUCAUCCAAGGAGGAAGUUGACCAAAUGCUACAAUAGAAAAUCUUGGUGUGAUUUGGUAGUUGGACAAUAGAGCCCAUGCCUUUCUCCCAUUUCCAGACAAUGUUCCAUUACAAAGCAGCUGCUACAGUGUAUUCACUUCGACAACUUUUUUAUCUAACCUGCAUUGACGUGAGGAGAGUAGUGUUUGUCCCUCUCUGAGCCGAUUCUAUCUGACUGAAGGACUGUACUUUUUUUUUGCCUGUGUGCACUUUGCUUUGAAGGACAGUGACAUUUGAAGAAGAUAGUUCUCCUGCCAGGCAUGCAAGUGUGUGAAUGCAUCUAAGUGUUUUUAUGAAAAGUGUGUGUCUUAAUGUUAAUGUCUAUAAGUUGAGAGUUAAAUUAAUGAAUCAUCACUGCCUCAGUGUUCCUCUACAGCUCUUUGUGUGUCUGCAUUAGGCCUGUUUCUCUGUGCUCGCAAUUAUUUUCUGCACUCCAUUUCCCAGAACACACCUGUCUGAGUGUGAUCCGUACUGUGAUGUCUUCCCUCUUGGAUUUUGGUUUUAUUGCAGUUUAUGUUGCAGUCUGUUCUGCAUUAAUUUGGGCAAUGCUGAGCAUAAAUACUCUCUUCCUGUUAAAAGAAAAUCAAUCAAGCACAUCUCUUUAAAUCUUAACAUUUUGAUUUGUUUUCGUUUGCCCUGCCAUAAACUGUUCAAGUGUUACGGAACACUAUUUAUACAACUUGACUGACUAUAAUAGUGAUACAGUAUGUUUACACUUAAUUUAUUUCGUUGAUGUUUUAUGAGUGAGCUCAGUAGAAGUCCUUUUCUUCUGGGAGGCAAAUAUACACACCAAGUUCUACUCUGAGGCAGACUCCACCAUAUUGUUUCAUGACUGUCUGUUCAGGGCUGGCGUUUUCGUUCUCAAACCUAAAUAGUAUCUGUUCUGUUGUCAGCUUACAGACAACAAGGAAUGCUAACCCUGCUGGCUAUCAAGAAUGGGACCACACUGUUAAGUCUCUGUGAGAUCUCUAUCACAGCAGAACCACAGGCUGGUCUGCUGACUCAGUGAUGGGACUAGAUGGGUGAUAGCCCAGUGCUAGUAUCGCUGUUGGUUUGUGGACAUAUAUGUUGGUUCAGUGGGAUUUUAUUUAUUAACGUCUCUGUAAGGGGACUUAACCUGCUGCUGGCCAUGUAACCAUUACUACUAAUUGAACCUGCAUUAAUAAAAACUGACAUUUCAAAUGAAAAAAGAG